AUGCCUGCGCCUGACGCGCCCACCGGUGCCUCGCUGUAUGCGCGCUUCGCUUUCGCGGGUGCCGUCUGCUGCUCUGUCACUCACGGUGCUCUUACCCCUGUCGAUGUCGUCAAGACCCGUAUCCAGCUCGACCCGGCCACCUACAACACUGGUCUGAUCGGUGGUUUCCGCAAGGUCAUCGCCAACGAGGGCGCCGGCGCCGUCUGGACUGGUUUCGGCCCCACCGCUGCUGGUUACUUCCUCCAGGGUGCCUUCAAGUUCGGAGGAUACGAGUUCUUCAAGCAGCAGGCCAUCAACACCCUCGGCUACGAGGCUGCCUCCAACAACCGCACCGCUGUCUACCUCGCGUCCGCUGCCUGCGCCGAGUUCAUCGCUGACAUCGCUCUCUGCCCUCUCGAGGCCACCCGCAUCCGCCUCGUCUCCGACCCCAAGUUCGCCAACGGUCUGGUUGGUGGCUUUGGCAAGAUCCUCAAGAACGAAGGUGUUGGUGCCUUCUACUCUGGUUUCGGCCCCAUCCUGUUCAAGCAGAUCCCUUACACCUGCGCCAAGUUCGUCGUCUUCGAGAAGGUCAAUGAGGCCGUCUACACCGUCGUCGACAAGAGCAAGACCUCCAACGGCAUGCAGACUGUCUACAACCUCGGCUCCGGUCUCGUCGCCGGUUUCGCCGCUGCCAUCAUCUCCCAGCCCGCUGACACCAUGCUGUCCAAGAUCAACAAGACCAAGGGUGAGCCCGGUGAGGGCACCACCAGCCGUCUCAUCAAGAUUGCCAAGGAGCUCGGUCUCCGUGGCUCUUACACCGGUAUUGGUGCCCGUCUCUUCAUGGUCGGUACCCUGACCGCUGGUCAGUUCGCCAUCUACGGGGAUAUCAAGAAAGCACUUGGUGCCACAGGCGAGUCAGCUCCUUACCUCUUGCGUGCACACGGCUAA